AUGGCAAUGAGAGCUCGACACAAGAUCAGAGCUCCGCGAAGGGGGGGUACCUCAGCAGCGAAGCCUGAAUCUUUCGAUAUGAUCUGGUCCGUUCUCUCGGCGUCAUUGACCGAAAUAAAUACGAAAAAUGCCUCAACACUGGCCUUCGAAGAGCUCUACCGCCAUGCAUACAAGAUCGCCUUGAUGAUGCGGGGUGAAGAACUCCACGACCGUGUCAAAGAGCUGGAACAGCAAUGGCUGCAGAACAAUGUUCAGCAGCUCAUUACAGGUUCAAUUUCUUCUAUUCUCGUUCGAACACACAAUUCACCUGAUGCGCUGGACCAGUCCAAUGAGAGGAGGGAGGCGGGCGAGAAGUUCUUGGCCGCCCUCAAGGAUGCUUGGGAGGACCAUCAACUAUGCAUGGGCAUGGUUACGGAUGUUUUGAUGUACAUGGACCGCAUGAUCUUGGCCUCUCACACCAAGCCUUCGAUUUAUGUCGUCUGCAUGGCACUCUUCCGUGACCAUAUCCUUCGAUCCCCCGUCCGCCCCGAGUCUGACCUAACAGUUGUUGACAUUCUGGAAUCAACGGUUUUGUUCAUGAUCCAACUAGAACGCUCUGGUCAUAUCAUUGAGCGUCCGUUAAUCCGACACUGCAUCCAAAUGAUGGAGGGCCUCUACGAGACCAUCACAGAGGAAGAGAGCACAAAGCUUUACCUCACAAUCUUCGAACCAGCCUUCCUGAAUACAAGCAAGGAUUUCUAUCAGGCCGAAGGGCGCCGACUGUUGGAAAUCGGAGAUGCUGCCACUUUCUGCCGAAUCGCUAUACAGCGCAUUGCCGAAGAGCAGGAGCGAUGCCAAUAUACCCUGGCGGUUUUGACACAGCCGAAAAUCCUCGAACUGCUCGAUGAACACUUGAUUCGCACCAACAUCUCAGAAUUCGUCAAUCUUGAAGGAACUGGUGUACGACACAUGCUCGACCACAAUCAGCUCGAUGCAUUGCGCGACGUUUACUCGCUAAAUGCCAGAGUUGACAGCAAAAAGGAAGCCCUGGCCAUCGCGGUCAACAAGAGGAUCGUGGAAAUGGGCAAGGAUAUUAAUACAUCGUCAAAGCCUCCCCCUCCCGAAACUCCAGCCCCUUCUGUCAAAAAGGACGAAAAGAACGAUAAAAAGGAGAAGUCAGCAGAAAAGCAGAAGCCCUUGAAUCAGCAAACGUUGUCUGCUAUUCGCUGGGUGGACGAAAUCCUGGCCCUCAAACGGAAAUUCGACGAUGUUUGGGAAAAGGCGUUCAUGUCUGACCAGGGUCUUGAGAGUUCGAUCAUGGGCAGCUUCUCAGACUUCAUCAACAUGAACAGCCGCAGCUCAGAAUUCCUUUCCCUUUUCUUUGACGAGAACCUGAAGAAGGGCAUCAAGGGAAAGACGGAGAGCGAGGUGGAUACUCUCCUGGACAAUGGUAUCACGCUGCUGCGGUAUAUUAAAGACAAAGAUCUCUUCGAAACAUACUACAAGAAGCAUUUGUCACGUCGCCUUUUGAUGAAGCGUGCUGCCAGCAUGGAUGCAGAGAGACAGAUGAUUUCCAAGAUGAAGAUGGAAGUCGGCAAUCAGUUCACCCAGCGCAUCGAAGCCAUGUUCAAGGACAUGACUAUAUCCGAGGACCUCAGUGCCAAUUAUAAGGACCACAUUUCAAAGACUGGUGAUCCCGACCAGAAGCCUGUGGACCUGGAAAUCAACGUUCUCACCAGUAACAUGUGGCCAAUGGACAUCAUGGCAAACACGAAAGAAGGAACUCUUCAACUGCCCUGCAUCUAUCCGAAGGAAAUCUCAGCACUCAUGCACAGUUUCGAGCGUUUCUACCUCGGCAAACACAACGGCCGCAAGCUGUCAUGGCAGGCUAGCAUGGGCACUGGUGACAUCCGAGCGACCUUCAAACGCCCUAAUGGCAAGGUCCAGCGCUAUGAGCUUAACGUUUCAACUUACGCCAUGGUCAUCCUCAUGCUCUUCAACGACACACCAGAUGGCGAGCCGCUCACAUACGAAGACAUCCAAAUCCGCACCCAGAUUCCAGACCACGACCUAAUUCGAAACCUGCAAUCGCUGGCCGUUGCUCCAAAGACACGAGUCUUGAAAAAGGAUCCAAUGAGCAAGAAUGUCCAACCCACAGACCGCUUCUUCUUCAACCACGAAUUCCACAGCCCAUUCGUGAAAGUGCGUAUUGGUGUCGUCAGCGGUGGUGCUAACAAGGUUGAGAAUACGGACCAGCGCAAGGAAACUGAGCAGAAGAUGAGCGAGGAGCGCGGCGGUAGCAUUGAGGCUGCUAUCGUCCGUAUCAUGAAGCAACGCAAGAAUCUCAUCCAUCAUCAAUUAAUGACCGAGGUCCUAUCCCAGUUGUCUUCUCGUUUCAUCCCGGAUGUUCACAUGAUCAAGCGUCGCAUUGAGAGUCUGAUUGAUCGUGAAUACUUGGAGCGCAUCUCUGAGGAGCCGCCCACAUAUGGGUAUAUUGCGUAA